CCCCCUCCACCGGAGGUGUCGCGGCCGCCGCACCGCGAGGGAUCGGCGGGACUUGCUGUGGCGUCCCUUGUCCCUCCCCACCCCCGUCGAAUCCCACAGCCCGCCGGUUAUCGCGACAGCCCUCCGCCGCAUCGCAAUUAACUCCGGCGGAAAAGCCCCGCUGUGCUUCCGGCACUAUUCGGGGCGUGUCUGGCCGCGGCGCCACCCGCGUUCUAUGGUCCGCGGCGCUCCCAGGGUCCCCUGCGCCGCGGCCGGUACCCGGGAGGAGCGCGGCGGCGGGCGCUGGCCUCUCCGGGGCCUGUUUUGCCCCGGGGCUGCGCCUGCCCGCGGCCGCCAUGGAGCUGGAGGUGCCUGAGGAGGCGGAGGGCUCGGCCGCGGCGGGUGCCGGUGCCAUCACUCCGGAGGCCGGCGUAGGGGGACCGGACGCGUCAGGAGGUCUGGGCCCAAAGAAGACAGCCAUCACUGAGGGCCCCUCACUGCCAGGACAGCCAGGCCAAGGAAAGAAGAUUGGUCAUCGAAGCGUGGAUGCUUCUGGGGAAACUACCUACAAAAAGACCACCUCAUCCACUCUGAAGGGAGCCAUCCAGCUGGGGAUUGGAUAUACUGUGGGAAAUCUGAGCUCCAAGCCAGAAAGAGAUGUCCUGAUGCAGGACUUCUACGUGGUGGAGAGCAUUUUUUUCCCAAGCGAAGGCAGUAACCUCACCCCGGCUCACCACUACGCCGACUUCAGGUUCAAGACCUAUGCCCCAGUGGCUUUCCGGUACUUCCGAGAGCUCUUUGGGAUUCGUCCAGAUGAUUACUUGUAUUCGUUAUGUAACGAGCCUCUGAUCGAGCUGUCCAACCCUGGGGCCAGCGGCUCUCUCUUCUAUGUCACCAGCGACGAUGAAUUCAUCAUCAAAACUGUGAUGCACAAAGAAGCUGAAUUCCUGCAGAAGCUCCUUCCUGGAUACUACAUGAAUCUGAACCAGAACCCCCGGACUCUGCUGCCCAAGUUUUAUGGACUGUACUGUGUGCAGUCCGGGGGCAAAAACAUCCGCGUGGUCGUGAUGAACAACAUCCUGCCUCGAGUGGUGAAAAUGCACCUGAAAUUCGACCUCAAAGGUUCAACCUACAAGCGCCGGGCAUCCAAGAAGGAAAAAGAAAAGUCCAGCCCUACAUACAAGGAUCUGGACUUCAUCCAAGACAUGCCCGAGGGCCUGAUGCUGGAUGCAGACACCUUCAGUGCUUUGGUGAAGACGUUGCAGCGAGACUGUCUGGUAUUGGAAAGCUUUAAAAUCAUGGACUACAGCCUCCUGCUUGGGGUUCAUAACAUAGACCAGCACGAGCGGGAGCAGCUGUCAGAGGGAGCCCACAGCACGUCGGAUGAGAAGCGGCCUGUGGGGCAGAAGGCCCUGUACUCCACAGCCAUGGAAUCCAUCCAGGGAGGGGCUGCCCGGGGGGAGGCCAUAGACACAGAUGACACGAUGGGAGGGAUCCCAGCAGUGAACGGCAAAGGAGAGCGUCUCCUGCUGCACGUAGGAAUCAUAGAUAUCCUGCAGUCAUACCGGUUCAUCAAGAAGUUAGAGCACACCUGGAAGGCCCUUGUCCAUGAUGGGGACACGGUGUCAGUACACAGACCCAGCUUUUAUGCAGAGAGAUUCUUCAAAUUCAUGACCAACACGGUGUUUCGAAAGAAUUCCUCUCUGAAGUCGUCCCCCUCCAAGAAAGGGCGCAGUGCCUUGCUGGCCGUGAAGACAGCGGGUCCCACGGCGGCGUUCUCAGCCAGCCAGCUGGCCUCCGACAAGGACGACACCCAGUACGACCUGCGGGCGGCCAGGAGCUACCCCACUCUCGAUGAUGAAGGUGACAGCCCCGCUCAGGGUGCUAAACCUAACCAGGACAGGGAAGAAGCAGGCAGGCCAGACCUGCUCCCUUGCACUCCUCCUUCCUUUGAAGAAGCUACCACGGCCUCCAUAGCCACAACACUAUCGUCAACAUCUCUCUCUGUUCCCGAGCGAUCCCCCUCGGAGACCUCUGAGCAGCCCAGGUACAGGAGGCGUACACACUCCUCAGGGCAGGAUGGCAGGUCACACGAGGAGGUGCGGGUCCAGGAGGAGGUUCAGCAAAUCAGUGUCGAGCUGGAGCCCAAGUGUGAUGUUGAGAUUGUAGCUCCUGAAGAAGAAGUCAAAGAAGAGGCAGCUUCUUCAGCCUGUGCCAUUGUCACAUCCACAGCCACCGUAGAGGUGGAGACGGCCAGCCAGGCCUCGGAGCCAGCCAGCCAGGCCUCGGAUGAAGACGACGUGCCAGUCACAGACAUAUACUUUUUCACAGAUGGGAGGUACUGGAUUUACUCUCCCCGCCAGCGCAGACUCCGAACUACCUCGCAUUCCUCUGGGAUUCCGACAGACGAGAGGAGUUGGGUUUACUCCCCGCUCCACUAUAGCACUCAGCUCCACUCUGUCUCCGAUGAGGAGAGCGAUACAUAAUCUCUAUGCAGACACAGAAGUCCCAGAGAGCAGCGAUUCCCUCUGCAGGUCGAUGUGUUCCCUUUUCGUUGAUGCAGCCAUUCCAGUGGGAUGGGGAAGAGCUUGCUGACACCAGUAUUGCUGCACUGCAGGAUCCCGGGCACUGCGUUUCAGAAUGGAGCAAAACUAUAACCAUGUAUUUCUACUCACCCCAGACGUGGGCAGCAAAGAAACCACCCGCUCACCCGCAGCUCCCAGCAGAGAAUUCUAGCUGGGUGUAGAGAAUCCUGGGUAGUAACACAGUGUUUUCCAGAUGUGCACUACCAUAGCUACCUAUCCAUGUGUGAUACUGUGAACAUUUUUAAUUUUUUAAUCAUGUAUUUAUUUCUUUUAUCUUUGCACAGAGACAGCACAAAUGUGCUUUUUUAAACAUUUAGUUUACUGCACUUUUUUUUUUCUUUUUUCUUUCUUUCUUUUUUUUUUCUUUUUUUUUUUUUUGACAUAUAUUUGUGCAUCAAAUAGGAGCAUGAGACUUCGCCGAAGAAUGGGUAGGAGCACAUUGCUGGGGAGGGCAGGGAGUGGAGUGGCUUCAUGUGAGGCAGCAGUGUGGUCUCACCAACUGAAGGAGUCAGGAAGUUUAAGGCUGUCCAGACACUGCCACGGUUUUUCCAAGUGGCCCAAGGCAAAUCACUAAACCACUCUGUGCCUCGGUUUCCCCCGUGCUAAUGGGUGCACAGUACCUGCUUCCGUUACAGCACUUAAACCCUGGGAUGAAAGGUGCUAUGAAAAUGAAAUGUAUUAAAGGCCAUGGAAUAGAAUUGCUCCCAUGUUACCAUAGUCCAAAGCAGCCAUGCCAAUUCACUUGGAUCCAAACUCUCUAGUGACUUCUCCUGUCUGUGACACUGAGCGGGACAGCACACAGUUCCUGGUGACAGUGACGUGGACUCCUCAGCUCUCCCCGAAGUCGUGAUGGGUUCACCUCCACCCUGUGCUGCACUGCUGCGCCACCCCUCCCUCUGUGCUUGGAGUCCACCCCUCAUCCACGUGGCCACCGCCUGCUCCAGCCCCGCAGGCACGGACAGACGGACAGACGGGAACUGGGCACCUCCCAAGCCUGGCCACGCGAGAGGGCAAUUUCCCCACUCUGCCCAGCCCGCGUGGGGCUUGUCCAGACCCUGCAUCCUCCUGGAGCCACUCAGCCCCUCGCGUGCUCGUGGGUGUACCCUGGGGUCACGGACACUGGGUUCACACGUCCCCUCCGCCCCGCAGGGCAGGCAGGGACACAAAGGCACAUCCAAUCACUGGAGGCAGGAACGGGAGCCUGGCUCUGCCACGGAAUUGUGCCAGCACUGCUGUGCUCACGGACUCUUGGACAGAAAGCUGGGUGACUGGGGUGCUGGUGGGGUCAUGUCUGCUGUGGAAAUCCCUGCUGUGGGUGUCUGAGACGGUUUGCUUUGCAAGGGCUGCGGGCUACAGGUGAGAGGAUUUGAUGUCAGGGGUGGUGUUCAGGCUCAUCCAGCAGCAGGACGCGUAUCAUAGCAUAGUCUGGAAUCCAGCAAUCCUGUCCUCAUCUUCCAGAGAGAAAACAGGAAGUCCUUUAGACCAGAGGGAGACAGGUCCUGUUCGUGUGCUUUAUGAACCUCACUUGAGAAAGAGUCUCUUUAUUCCCUUUACAAUCUCCACUGUCCUUGGGAUUCCAGGUAGAGGGGUGGGGAAGCGGGACCCUGCUCUCCGGCCUCAGUCCCCACAAUCUCUUCACAGCAGCACUCAGGAGUGGUUAUGUUGUGUCCCAGAAGGUAGCUGGGCUGAUGGGAAGCUCUUCCUUCUGUACUGUACUGAACUUAGUGAGAAUCUUCAGGAAUUGAUGUUUUUUUCUUGCCCAGAAUACAGGACCUGGACUUCCCUUCCCUGCCUGUAGAUGCAGAAGGCUGUGAGUUGUGCUUCUUGUGAGCACAGUCUGGGGAUUGUGCAAGUUACUGCUGUUCAUGUAUCUACGUAUUUACCAAAUAGUCUAUCAAAAGUCUCUCAAGAAA